UUUCACGUCGCGAGAAUAACAUGGUCCUGGGGGGAAACAUUUUCUUCCGUUUAUUUUCCCGUUGUUAACACGUAAAUUGGAUUUGUAUUACGACCGGUAGCCAACAUCAGCGGCUCAUUCAAAGUAAACGAAACACCAUUAAGCCCGAAAGCACCUCAUAUACCAUGGUUGAACCGCGGGGACUUUCCAUUCCACUGCUCAGCAGAGAUGAGUCCGCGCGAGUGCAGUAGACCCCGACUUUAUUUCUCAGAAACUGACAAAGUAGCGUGCGUAACGGUGAGGUGAGACUGUUAAUUAGGGAUUUUGGGGGGUUACACUGACAUUUCUGACGACCCGAAGAACGACCUACCUGGGCUGUCAUUUUGAAGUAGCCAAUACCAAAAUUGUUAAAACGCUAUUUCCGGAAAGUUUGCAGGGGAAAUACGUCGUUGAUAGUUUCCAAACAAAGGGAAGACAUGGCUAAGUCCACGGUUUCCACUUAAGCACUGUCACAGCGCGACAUGUGGAACUAAACUCGCACCCGUGGAAUCGCACUGAGCAGACAAUAGCCUACAUCUUUAGAUAUCAUUGAAUGCAAUGGCCUCGAGAAAAGACGUUAAGGAGAGUUCCUCUAUACCGGAUGAAAACGAGUAUCCGUCCGGGUUUCCUCAGAGUAUUUGCGACCAGACUCCUCAUGAAAAGUACUUGUGUAGCAAUUGUAACAGCGUCCUGAAUAAAGCCCGCCAGACAUCCUGUGGCCACCGCUACUGCCUGGCCUGCGUCAACUGGCUGGUCAGGAAUAACAAAGCCCCUGUGUGUAAAAAGUGCAAAGAUGGUCCAGACGCUGAGAGUGAGGCGAGCAUACUAACACUGGAUAAUUCCUUUAGUGACGCGGCCAUCACCAAGGAGAUCCAGGAGCUGAAAGUUCACUGUGCCAACCAGGGCUGCCCAUGGAGGGGAGUACUCAGGGACUUUGAGGAGCACCAGAGCCAGUGUGAGUAUGCUCUGAUCCCCUGCAAUGUGGGCUGUGGCCACAUGGUGCUCAGGAAGGCUCUGGCCUCUCACCUGGAGAAGGGCUGCCCCAAAAACACCUCCACUUGCCCGGCCUGUGGCCAGACACACCCCCUCUCCGAGGUGCAUAAUUGCCAUCGCCAAGCCGAUAAGUCUGUGACCGCGGUGACAAGCCAGAAGAAUGGUAGAACUGCAGGCUCCAAGGAUAAGAAGUGCUGCCUGUACUCUGACGUGGGCUGUACUUUCAAGGGGUCCCCAGUGAAGAUCCAGGAACAUGAGAAGAGCAGCUACGUGUCCCACCUCCAGCUCCUGCUCAAGGCCCUGCGCUGCACGCCCUCUCCUCACCAAGCCUCCAUCCACCCCCGUCCACACUCCCAUCCAAACAACCACCAACUCCAGUCAAAGCCCCAACUCAACCCCCAGCCCUCCAACCACCAGCCCCUGGUCACCCAGCUGUGUACCCUGGGCCAGAGGCACCUGAUGCCCCUGCUGGAGACUGAUGGAGGUGAGGCUGCGGCUGGAGGGGCUAGAGCUGGAGAGGAGGACAUGUCCCUGGCCCACAGCCUGCGCGAGGACCAGGUGGCGGUGUCCGUGGGCCAGCGGCUGGAGGCUCUGCAGGAGCGUGUGUCGGUCUUCGAGAACAUCAUCUCCGUGUUGAACCGCGAGGUGGAGAAGGCACAGCACAACAUAGCCGCCAUGAGGCACGACGAGCAGGGCAACCAGACCAUGAUCCACUUCUUGCAGGCCAAGAUAGUGGAGCAGCAACAGAGGCUGCUGAUGAAGGAGGGAGUGAUUAGCGCCCUCCAGCUGCGGGUGAAUGCACUGCAGGAGGUCUCCUAUGAUGGCACUUUCCUCUGGAGGGUCGCCGACAUCAACAGCAAGCUGCAGGAGGCAGCCACGGGACAGAGGAGCAACCUAUACUCACCAGCCUUCUACACUUCCAGGUAUGGCUUCAAGGUGCGUCUGCGUGUGUACCUGAAUGGGGACGGUGUGGGGAAGGGGACACACAUCUCCCUCUUCUUCGUCAUCAUGAAGGGGGAGUACGACGCCCUGCUCAACUGGCCCUUCAGGCACAAGGUCACAUUCUUCCUCAUAGACCAGAACCAGAAAGAGCACGUUCUGGACGCAUUCCGGCCAGACCUGUCCUCGGCCUCCUUCCAGCGACCCGCGACGGACAUGAACGUGGCCAGCGGCUGCCCCUGCUUCUGCCCCCUGGCCAAGCUGAGCUCCACCAAGCACGCCUACUGCAGGGGGGACACCCUGUUCAUCAAGUGCGUCGUGGACACGUCCUCAUGAGUGGUGGCUUGACAACCAUGCAUGGCCGGAUUAACACACAUGCUAGAUAUGACCAGAGGCGAUUCUAAUGUUCUAAUGAGGAGUUGGACUGUAGAUCACAGGGUUGCAGGUUCAAUCCCCACCCUUACCAAUCCCUUUCUCCCUCCAUGGCUGAAGUGACAUUGAGCAGAUCACCUAACCCCACAUUGUUCCAAGGACUGUAACCAAUACCCUGUAAUAGGCCUAUCUGUAAAUCGCUUUGGAUGAAAGUGUCAGCCAAGUGUAAUGUAACUGUAGUAAUGUAAUAAUGUAAUGUGGCACACACAUUAUGUAACAGUGGAGCCUUUUUCUUAUUAUCUUGAUUUAGGACUUGAAGAGCUAUUAAAUCACUUUGGAAGUUUCA